GCGGGACAGUAUCAAGUUGUACGAAUUAGGAACACAUCGUCACCAUUGUGCCAGCAGCCGAGGCGUGUCUGUAAUCUGGUGCAGUGUGGACCAGACGACUGUACGACUGCAGGAGAUGGUGUGUUGAGUUGUAGAUUCUAGACGCCUGGAUACUCUGCACGUGCAUACAUUAGGCGAGUAUUUGGAUUAAUUAAUCAACACCUGUGGCGAGAUGAACCCUGGAGAGGCGACAGUGCAGGUGAACCUGGGUCAGUCACGUGACGAACCCGGAGAGAAAGCACCCGCUGACGAGGCAAGUCGCGACCCGGAAAUGGUCAACGCCCAUGUCAAGGUGGCGUUUGAAGAGAUCUUCGCAGAGCCACACCAGACAGUUUAUUCUUUCGACUCGGUCUGGGCGCUCAGCAUCUGUGUGUUCAACGGCACGAAGCUCUGGUCCUACAGGGUCCUAACCCUGGUCUGUGCCGUGCCCCUGGCCGUGUUCUGGGGCCUCCACUUCGGCCUGCUGUCCUGCUGUACCAUCUGGUGCUGCCGCCCCUUGACCAAAGCCUGUGAGAUUAACUUCAGCUGUCUGAAAGCUUUUCUCCAGAUUAUCCUCGACUCCAUGUGGCGGCCAAGUUUCGAGGCGUUUGGUUACAUUUUACACAAUAUAAGGGUUCGGCUUAUCAAGGGGGAGUAAUGGGGUUCGACUUAUCAAGGGGGAGUAAUAGGGUUCGGCUUAUCAAGGGGGAGUAAUAGGGUUCGGCUUAUCAAGGGGGAGUAAUAGGGUUCGGCUUAUCAAGGGGGAGUAAUAGGGUUCGGCUUAUCAAGGGAAGGGGAGUAGAAGGGUUCGGUUUAUCAAGGGGGAGUAGAGGGGUUCGGCUUAUUAAGGGGGAGUAGAAGGGUUCGGUUUAUCAAGGGGGAGUAGAAGGGUUCGGUUUAUCAAGGGGGAGUAAUAGGGUUCGGUUUAUCAAGGGGGAGUAAUAGGGUUCGGCUUAUCAAGGGGGAGUAGAAGGGUUCGGCUUAUCAAGGGGGAGUAAUAG